GAAGCAUGCAGAACAGGUCUGAACAGCAGAUCUUCAGUUCUAAGCUCAAGUUCCAUUUUUCAGCUGAACUUCAAGACGCAAGCAGGAAUUGGACGCAGGUUGCUGGACGCUCUGCCCUGUCAAAAGCUUUGAUGCGGCACUGCAAGCUAAAAACCCUCAUAUAGUCCAACAGCACAAACAGCUAGAUCAUCUUGUCACUUCGGAGGCCAAUUUAGGGUUCAAUGGUGGAGGUUGCGCCCGCAACAAAUGGAACCGAUGCUUCCUGUGCCGGUCGGCCAGGCGCUACCGAGCCAGUAUUGGUGGGAGGGGGUACGAGCUGGCAUGCAACAUCGAUUGAUCCCGCCUCUACACCCCAUCCCUCGAGUGACGCUCCCACAACCAGUGGUUCCGAGACUGGUUCUCAAGCAGGAAGCAAAAGGAUGCACCCGCUCCCGGCCAAGAGUUGCAAGGGGUGUCUGUACUAUUCGAAUAUGCGCGCGGCCAGAGGCGGCAAGCCGUUCUGCCUCGGACUUUCUCGCAAGGAAGAGGCGCAAGAAUUGAGGGGGCCAGAAGCGGGCAAGGAGCGGCAGGCGCGACAAGAGUUCAAGUAUGCGUGCGUCGGGUAUUCGGUGUGGGAGGACGGCACCUCCGCCAGUGGACCGGAUGCCGGGGCGCAAAUGCCGGCGGUUUUGUGCAUGGGAUUGGAGUUCAUCGCGACCAAGGAUGCGCAGGAGGCAACGUCUCCAAGCACGCCGUCCGCCUCGACGCAAGGCGACCCUCGAAAAGAGUCCCCUUUCCCGACUCCUCGACCGACCACCCCCUUUCCUGCAGAGGACUUCAGACUCAGGUUUCAGCGGUCUGCAGGACGAUUAGCGGAGCACACGUUCAACAAUCUUCAGAAGAUCGGAACCACAGUAAAAGAGAGUGUUUCGAGCAUGCUCAGUCAAGACAAAGGUAGACCAAAGUCUUAGACCUGCUUCACUGGAAGGACAUCGCCAGUAUAUGUUGCAGAUCGCAUGUGGAGAGCUAAAGGUCGAGGCCGGCUCACAUGUACACAUAUCGC